GAAAGGUGGUGCUGUUAUAUCCGAGAUGAGGAGUGUGACACGAGCUAAUAUCCGUAUUCUUCAAAAGGAAAAUGUACCAAAUAUUGCUCGUGAAGAUGAGGAGAUGGUUCAGAUUACAGGAAAUCCUGAUGCAGCUAUGAAAGCUCUUACGCAAGUAAUCUUACGGUUAAGAGCUAACGCUUUCGAUAUGAAUCAUGGACUUGUCUUGCUACCCACAUCUUUUCCAUACAUCUCUCAAGUAUCCGGAAGUUCAAACAAACCCAAAUACGCAAAACGUGAUGGUUCCAAAGAUCAAGACUACGGUAGACUGAAUUUGAAUUCCAAGAGAAGAAACCAUGUUUCUUAAAUCAAGAAAACCCAUCUUAGAAAGGUAAUGCUUUGUGGGUUUGGAGAUUAUUCAGAAGACGAAAGAAGACUGAGAGUGUUACACAGUUUCAGGGAACUUAUACGUUGGUGCAAUUUUUUAUUACUUGUAAUAAUAAAACGUUAAAAAUGGUUGUCUAUUGAAUUAAAAUAAAAAAUGUAAACACGAAGGUGUCUUUUCAUCUUUUUGUUUCCUUUUUA